AUGGGAACAGUCGAUGUAACUUAUCCAGGUGCUCCAUUUUUUCUUUAUUUUAAUCCAGAUCUGCUCAAAGCUCAACUUGCACCUGUUUUUAUAUAUACUGAAAGUACACAUUGGAAACUUCCUUUUGCUCCUCAUGAUCUUGGAGCUUAUCCACAAGAAAAUGGACAAGUAUACGGAGGAGCGGAAGAUUCCGAAGAAAAUCAAAUGCCUGUUGAAGAAUAUGGCAACAUGAUUAUUCUCACUGUUGCCAUUUAUAAUCGAGUAGUUUACGCAAAAGUCGAUUGGACCGUAUGGACUACUUGUCUUGCUGAAACAAAAGAAGAUUUUCAAGCUCUUGUUAAUCCACUCUAUGAUUUUCUGAAUGUUUCAGAAAGUAGAGUACCUUUUACCGAUUUAUAUGAUACAAAAAUAGGCCGACAAGUUCCAUUCAAAGCACGUAGUGUUGUUGUUGGUGUCUAUUUACCACUGUUAAUGCCAUGUUCAUCCUCUGAUAUACAUACGUGA